UGUUUUACAGAUGGGCAUCUGGUCUUGGAGCCAGGUCAUACAAAUGGGAGGGGAGAGGUUUCUGGGGUGGGAGUGCUACACUCCUUGGAAUAUGCCCCUGCAGAUAAAAUUUUUCAAUGUAAAUAUCUACAUUACAGGUGGCUGCCAAGGUACACUGUUCACAUUCUGGUGGGGCAGGGAGAGAUGCCACCUUGGCCUGGUCCCUGUCUCUUUCCUCUGGAGGAACAGCAGGGGAGGAGCUCUAAUGAUACACAAUAACUAAGAGAUGGAAAGAAGUUUCUCUUCAGUCUGCCCUCUCUGCAGCUACAGCCAAGGACAGGUAGUCUCAGCCUCUACACAGCACCUCUCUCCCUGCUGUUCCCUCUGCCCAGCAGGUAGGAUGGGGAUAGAGCUCUACCUGGACUUGCUCUCACCACCCUGCCGAUCCGUCUACAUCUUUGUCAAGAAGAACAACAUCCCCUUCACAUUCAAACAAAUGGAGGUACUCAAAGGGCAACAGCAUAGUGUUGGAUUUGGCAAGGUGAACAUCCUGAGGAAAGUGCCAGCACUGAAGGAUGGAGGUUUCACUUUAGCAGAGAGCCCUGCAAUUCUUGCCUACCUGAGUCAGAAGUAUAAAACCCCUGACCACUGGUACCCCCUGGAUAUGAAGAAACGAGCCCGGGUAGAUGAAUACCUGUCCUGGCAACAUUCUGCCAUCCGGCCAAGUGUUUUCAAGAUAUUCUGGCUCAAGGUGGUGUUUCCUUUAUACAUGGACCAGACAGCUCCUGAAGAGAAGCUACAGGAAGCUUUAGAGGACCUGGCCAUUCCCCUGAAGCAGUUAGAGGAGAAGUUCCUGCAAGACAAACCCUUCCUUGUAGGCAACAUGAUUUCUCUGGCAGACCUGGUGGCAUUUACGGACCUCAUGCAGCUCAUAGCAAUUGGUUAUAACAUCUUUGAGAACAUGCCCAAGCUGGUGGAGUGGCACAAUCGAGUGAAGAAAACUGUGGGGAAGGAGCUUUUCCAGGAAGCACAUAAAGUGAUCCUGAAUUUCCAAGAUUUGAACAGCAUGCUGAUUGAGCCACAACUAAAAGAGCAAAUGAAACCUAGGCUGCUGAAGAUGGUGGCCUGAAAUAUUUAUUUAAAAAAAUGGUAACAGUACAUUUAUUUCUUUUGCAUGUUCUGGUCUCCUAGCUCUAUGAGUGGCUGCUCUUAGCUGUGAGGGAAGAACUCCACAUCAUAUGGGAAAAGAAACACUUCCACGGCCCAUCUCUCUCUGUUCAGCUACAGAAACUGAGGAAGAGUCUUAAAAUGUAGCUGUAAUUCCAAAAAAUGGUGCUGUAAAAGGGGUGGGUUCAUUGUUUACUGCCUUGAAGUGACUCCAGACCAAAUUGCUCAGAAGACUCUUGCAGAUAGAAUAGUUUAACAGCAAUCCCUAUUCCUCCUAGAAAAUGCAGAGCAGGAAUCCUAGCAACCUGGUGUAUCAAAAUAAGCAAAAACUAUGGAGAUUGUUUCCAACUCUAAUUCAACCUUGUGCUCAGAGCCCUAAAGCUUUUUCAUACUGCUAUGUAACAAUCAUAUGUGUGAUAAAUAAAAAGGCAGCAAAUCCUGUGAUUUCCUUUCA